UAUUUAGUUACACAUAAAAAAAAAUUAAAAAUUAGUUUAAGUAUUGUGAUAUGCAAAUGGAUAGCGGCCGUAGCAGUCCAUUACCCUUGUACAGAUCGAACUCAUUAAGAGGAAACCUAAAUCGUACUUCAUUGGUCAGAAGAAAUCAAAGCAUGAGUGCAAAACAAAUUAGUUUUUUUCGUAAUGGAGAUCGCUAUUUCAAUGGACUCAAGUUAGCUGUUUCAAAUGAAAAAUAUAAGGAGUUUGAUUCUUUAUUAGCAGAGUUAUCAAAAAAACUGGAUCUACCAACAGGUGCUGUUAGAUAUAUAUUUAAUGCUCAAGAUAGUAGUAUAAUUACAGACAUAUCUCAAUUACAAUAUGGUGUUCCAUAUGUUUGUUCUUCUAACAACACCUUUAGGGAAAUAGAAGGAGGUUAUGGGAAACAAAUGCAUAAUUGGUCAAUAACCAAGUCACCAAAAUUAGAUACAAAUUUUAAUUGUUCCAAACCAAAUAUUUUAACUAAUCAUGAUAAUAAUGGACAAUUUAAUCAUAUAUCAGAAGGAGAAUCUGGAAAGGAUUUUAUUAAACCUAAGCUUGUGACUGUAAUUAGAAAUGGUAAACCUCCACAAAAAAAAGUCACUUUAUUAUUAAAUAGUAAAACAGCCAUCUCAUUAGAUCAAGUUUUAGAUCAGUUAUCUGCACGUGGUUGUCUUGGAAAGGUGGAUAAACUUUUUACAGUUGAUUGUCAUGUGGUAAAAAGUUUGAAAGAUCUUUUUGAUGACGAUACUGUUUUCAUUGCGUUACAAGCAAAUGAAAAGUUUCCAGAUGAUGGUAUUGAACUUGAUCCUAACAGUUACCGUAUCACACCUUACAGAGAACUUAAACGGCCCAGUAGUAUGACAGUGAAAAGGUCAAGUUCAUUGCGAAGUCGUAAAUACAAAGAUGAAAAUCAAAAUCUAUCAUCAAUUAAUGGUCAUACAAGCAGCACACCCAUUAAUAAGCUUAUGAAUCUUAAAGUUCUCCGUCCAAAAAGUACAUCAAUGAAACAGAUUGAACAAAACAAUGAAGAACUAUAUCCAACAUCUGUAUUUGAAAGUGAAUCAUCGGAAUCAGAGACCGAGUAUGAGUUAAACUCAAUGUUUGGAAUAAAGCGAGACAAACAGUCUGUGCACUCUUCGUAUAAAAUUGGACGCAUUAUUGGAGAUGGGAACUUUGCCGUUGUUCGUGAAUGUAGAGAUAGAAAAACGCAGCGAUCAUAUGCUCUCAAAGUAAUCAACAAAGCAAAAGUAAAAGGAAAGGAACACAUGAUAGAAAAUGAAAUAUUAAUUCUUCGAAAAAUCAGUCAUCCAAACAUCGUUAAACUUUUUGACGAAUACGAAACAGCUAAAGAAAUAUUUCUUGUUAUGGAGCUUGUCACAGGUGGAGAUUUGUUUGAUGCAAUUGUUGCUAACACCCGUUUUUCUGAGCCUGAUUCAGCUCUAAUGAUUUGUGAUCUGGCAAUGGCUGUCAGGUACUUACAUGAAAAGAGCAUCAUUCACAGGGACAUUAAACCAGAAAACUUACUUGUUGUAUGUCGAUCAGAUGGAAGAAAAUCAAUCAAACUAGCCGAUUUUGGUCUUUCUGUAGAAGUAGAUUCUCCCAUGUAUUUAGUGUGUGGAACACCUACAUAUGUGGCUCCAGAAAUUCUUGAUGAAUCAGGAUAUGGAUUAAAAGUUGAUUGUUGGGCAAUAGGAGUUAUUUUGUAUAUACUCUUGUGUGGAUUUCCACCUUUUAGAAGUGCAAAUCAUGAUCAAGAAGAACUUUUUGAGAAAAUAUUAGGAGGAGAAUUUGAGUACUUAUCGCCUUUCUGGGAUGAUAUUAGUGAUGGACCAAGAGACCUAAUUGAUCGUUUGUUGGUAGUAGAUGCAAGUGAGCGUUAUGAGUCAUAUGAAGUUUUAGAACAUUUUUGGAUCAAGAAAUGGACCAGACCUUCUGAAAAGUUACAUUGUGAAAUGUCGGUAGCUGAAGAAUCAAACAAGAUUAAUCGUCAAAGACUUAGAGGGAUUGCAUUAGCAAUUCAAGUGGUAAUUUCUUUACUUCAUCAUGUAAGAAAUAAACGAAUUUUAAAUGAAUCAUUAAAAAAUACAUCACAUGACAUGGUAAAGGUUGCUCAUAAACCAUCGCAAUCUGUAAGUCGAAUUCCCUUACCUAAACCUUCAUGUGGUUACCAUAUUGCUAACAUCCGCAGAAAUUUAGCGGUUGCAAAUAAUACUGAUACUAAGUCGACUGUUGCGCCUGACUGCUCUUUUAAAAAAGGUCAUUUUAAAAGAGAAGAAGUGAUUAGCACUUCUAAUCUGAAAAAUCGUUCUACAAAAUUGCAAUGUUCUGCAAAAUCACCAAUUAAAAAACCCACCAAUCCAAUCCAUCCAAUAGGAACUGUUGGAAUAACUUCUAAUCAAACUUCAGCAAAAAAAGAUGUUUCAAAUAAAGCAGUUAAGCGCAGACCUGUUUCUUUAAUCAACAUUAAUCAUUUGUCUAACGAUAAUUCGAAACCUGUAGAAACUAUUGAAAACAAAGAAAAGCGCAAGUUUACCUCUGAUUUAAUAGUGGUACAGAGUAGCAGUCGUGCCCGUCCUAUCAGCAUGAUUGUCAGUUCAAAAGACCUUAGUAAGUUGACUGCUGACAUAGGUGAUUUGCAUAUAAUUGCAGGUGGGUGUGUGGGUGAAAGAGGUGGUUUCACGGAUAAAGUAAAGCCGAAUUCCUCAAAUAAAAAACUCACUUCUGAAAAAGGUAGUGUUCAAAAGGCUCCUCCAAAACCUAUACAACGACCUGUAAGUUUAUUGAUUAAAGAAAUGAAAAAGCCAAGAAUUGUUGGACCUGAAUCUUUAUCUAGUAAUGGUUCAAUGUCGUUAUCAGACAUACGUCGUUCAUCUUUAAAUACUCCUCCUGUUGACGCAACAAACCGACAAAAUUCUUUAACAAAAGGUACUAUUAAUUCUGUCAACUCUAAGUCAGCUAGCUCAUUGAAGAGUAUCAGAUCUUUAUCAUCUCCUAAAAAUUCUUUUAUAUCAAAUGUUCCUUAUUCAACCAUUGCGCAGAAUCGUGCAAGCUUUCCUUUAUCUGAAAAGCGAGAAACAAUUAUUGUCUCAAAUAAGAAUAAAUCAGAGGUUUGCAAGUCAGGCAUUCAAAUAACUACUCGAACGAAUAAAAUUCAAAAUAUAAAGUUUCCAGACGGAAAGAUUGUUGAUAAAGAAACUAAAACAACAACAACCGUUUCGAUACCUGAACACAAAUUAGCGCCUCGGGGUCCAAAUUUGUUAAAGAAAGUUGAAAAUCUUGCACGAGAAAUAGAAAAUUUUUCCAAUAACAAUCCAUUAGAUUUACAUUCUGAAUACCUUCCUUCGAAUAGUAGCAGUGAUGACGAAGAAAUAGAAUGCAAUAUUCAAGAAUAUACAGACCGUUUCAGUGAAACUGAAUACUUAUCAGUUGCCAAUGCAAACGACGAUACGUAAUCAGUUGCCAAUGUAAACGACGAUACGUAAUAAAAUAGUUAAAUUUAUUAAAUAUGUAAAAUAUGUUUUUAAGUUGUAAUUAAAAAUAGAAAUCGCCACAAACAGGUAUUUUUAGUUGCAAAUUGCACUUGGUUGUAAAUCAGUUUACGUCAUGGCUAUAUUUUUUAUAAAAUAUAAAUACUGCUUGUGGUGGCGAUUAAGCCUUUCAUUAAUUUUA